UUCUUCUUAUUUUGGCGUUUUACCUUCUUCUGAUUUCUUUCUUCGUUUGAUCCGUGACUACUUUAUGAUUUUAUGUCCUUAGCUAUCUCCUCUUGCUAUCAUUUAUUUAUUUAUUUAUCCAUUCAUCCAUUCGGGCACUUAUUCUUAUUUCCCUGGAUCCAUCUCGGACACGCAGAAGUGGGAUGCCUUGCGGAGAACAUUUGUGGGGAGAAAAUUCCGCUCGGCAGCGAGGGUGAAUGAAUGAUAGCCUCCCCUCUCCAUCUGAGACGUGCCAUGGAUGGGAAACUUAAUUUGUGUCCACGGAACCGAUCGGGGAAUAACCGUCGCUUCAAAUAACUACUGCUGACAGCGAUCAGGACGAAUGUCAUAGGAUGAACACUGCUGGUGGGGUGUGUCUGUCUGUGCUGUCCUCUCUCCUGGCUGUGGCUGGGGCCCUGGCUGCCGUGUCUGCCCUCGCUCUAGCUCCCCUCUCUGCCCUGGCUGAGGCUGCCGAUGGGGCUGCAGACAGUGCCUCCAGCACCGGGGCGGAGGGGCCCCCCUCGCCGAUCUCCUCACCGUGCUCCAGCCUCGUAGCUGGGGUGCUCUAUGGCUCUUUCUCCCUAAGGGAGCUGUUUCCCUCCAGGGCGCCGGGUUGCUCCUGGUCCCUGGAAAACCCGGAUCCCACCAAGUACUCCCUCUACCUCCGCUUCACCCGCCACCCUGUCAUCUGCCGGACACACUCCCCCAUGCUUCUUUCCCUCGACCACCACCUGGCCAAUCAGAGCUGCCCUCUUCAGUUACAGACGACCACUGGCAGGGAUCAGGAAGUAGUCGAUCUCUGCGGCAGCCAAUCCAACUCAGAUGGACCUUACUCCUUCCUACAGUUUGAUAAGAACUUUGUCCAGUUGUGUCUCACUAAGCAUCCGGCGGUGAAUGAGCCUCAGGUAACGAAGGAAUUACUGGAGCUAAGACUGGUCGAGGUGCUACUCAUCAACAAUGAGAACUCCAGUCAGUUCACCUGUGGCGUGCUUUGUCGAUGGUUUGAGGAGUGUCUGCGCUCCGAUCACAACGGAGGCGCGGAGGUAUCGGACGGAGACGGCUGCGGGAUGACCCAGACGGGCUGUAUUUGUCCGAACCACAACAUCAUGGCGCCGCCUAUUCCGCUGCUGCCCGAGACGCCGCACAGUUUCAGCAACGGCUCGGUGGUUCCCGAUGACUGCUGCGUCACCGAACUUCAUUCCAACGAUGCAAUUGCCAUCGCGCCCAGAGACGUCCGGCAAGAUCCGUACGACGAUGACCUGAAGGUGAAGACGCAAAGACCUCGGUCAGCUGACCAGCCAGGUGUGUUUCAGGCACAAACAGGUGACCCUGCAGCAGAGGAAUGGUCCCAGUGGAGCGUAUGUUCCCUCACAUGUGGGCAAGGCUGGCAAGUGAGGACGAGAUCAUGUGUUUCGUCUCCGUACGGGACACUGUGCAGCGGCGCCCUGCGGGAGACACGCAUGUGCAACAACACUUCGUCUUGUCCAGGUGAAACUGGAAUCACAGGCUCAGUGCAUGGGCUGUGGGAGGAGUGGUCGUCAUGGAGUUUGUGCUCCGUGACCUGUGGGCGGGGCUCUAGGACUCGGACCCGGAAGUGUGUGGACGGUGCCGUGGUGUGCGGACGGCCUGAGAUUCAGACCAAACUCUGCAACAUAGCAGUGUGUCCUGUGGAGGGCCAGUGGUUGGAGUGGGGCCCGUGGUCGCGGUGCAGCGUGACGUGCAACACGGGGACGCAGCAGCGGCAGAGGCGCUGCAGCUCGUCGGCGCACGGCUGGGCGGAAUGCAAGAGCCCCCAUCAGGAGAGCAGAGAAUGCACCAACCCCUCAUGCAGCGGUGGAGGUAACUGGGGAAGCUGGAACCACUGGAGUCUGUGCAGUAAGACGUGUGACUCCGGAUGGCAGCGGCGCUACCGGAUGUGCGAGGGCACCGGCGCUCAAGGCUAUCCCUGCGAUGGCUCGGGAGAGGAGAUUCGCUCGUGUAACGAGAAGAAGUGCCCUGCGCCUCAUGAGAUAUGCAAAGAUGAGAAUCUCCUCGCUAUGUCCUGGAAGAGAGCAUCGGCUGGAGAAACUGUCUAUAACAAGUGUCCAUCUAAUGCCACUGGAUCUGCUAGUCGUCGUUGUAUGCUGGACAAUAAUGGAGUUGCUUUCUGGGGUCCUCCGAGCUUCGCCAGAUGCGUCUCCGCUGAAUAUAGAUAUUUGCAUUUGUCUUUACGAGAGCAUCUCGCGAAGGGUCAGAGGACCCUGGCCGGGGAGGGCAUGUCUCAGAUCGUACGGAGUCUCCUGGAACUCUUGCAGAGGAGGAGCUACUACAGUGGCGACCUUCUCUUUUCCACGGAGAUCCUGCGAAAUGUGACUGACACCUUCAAAAGAGCAACCUACAUCCCAGCUCCCGACGACGUGCAGAAAUUCUUCCAGAUAGUAAGCCACAUGUUGGACAUGGAAAAUAUUGAGAAAUGGGAGGACGCUCACCAGGUCGCUCCCGGUGCUGCUUUGCUAAUGAGGAUAUUAGAGGACUUCAUUCACCUCAUUGGAGAAGCUCAAAAGCCUUUUCAGAGUUUCCUUGUGAUGACCAACAACCUCAUGAUAACCAUCCAGCGAGAGCCGGUGUCAGCAGUUUCAAGUGACAUCAACUUUCCCAUGAAAGGACGGAGGGGAAUGAAGGACUGGGCCAGAACAGCAGAAGAUAAACUUUACAUCCCAAAAGAAGUCUUCACCAUCCCAGCUGAAGAGACGGAAGCUGAUUCGGAAACUCCGACGUACUAUGUCAUCGGAGCCAUCUUGUACAGAACGCUGGGCAUCAUUUUACCUGCACCGCUUCCUCCUGCAAUGAUCAACUCCAAGAUCCUGACGGUAACAGUACGGCCGGAGCCACAGCCCAGCGAGCCCAUGGUGGUGGUGGAGCUGUCGCCGCUUUUAAAUGGUACAUCAGAUCCUCAGUGCGUUGUCUGGGACUAUGGCAACCCGGAAGCUGGCGCAGAAAACUGGGGCACAGAAGGCUGCCAAACGCUCGCGUCAACCACUGUCCACACCAAAUGCCUGUGCAGCAGGAUCUCCACCUACGCCGUGUUAGCGCAGCAAGCUAAAGACCCGGACAUGGGUCCGACCAGCAUGCCCUCUGUGCCCCUCAUGGUGGGCUGUGGGGUCUCUUGCACUGCACUCCUCAUCCUGCUGCUAAUCUAUGCUGCCUUCUGGAGGUACAUCCGAUCGGAGAGAUCAAUCAUCCUGGUGAAUUUUUGCCUCUCCAUCCUGGCCUCCAAUUUAUUGAUUUUGGUUGGACAAUCACAAACGCUUAGCAAGGGCCUCUGUACUGUGACUGCUGCCUUCUUGCAUUUCUUCUUCUUGGCGUCAUUCUGCUGGGUGCUGACUGAGGCCUGGCAGUCCUACCUGGCCGUCAUCGGCAAAAUGAGAUCACGACUCAUUCGCAAGCGUUUCCUGUGCCUCGGCUGGGGUCUUCCGGCUCUCGUCGUAGCUGUGUCGGUGGGUUUCACCAGAGCGAGGGGUUACGGCACAGCCAGCUAUUGCUGGUUAUCCUUGGAGGGCGGCUUGCUUUAUGCCUUCGUGGGGCCCGCCGCUGUCAUCGUGCUGGUGAAUAUGCUCAUUGGGAUCGUAGUGUUUAACAAGCUCAUGUCUCGCGACGGCAUCUCAGACAAGUCUAAAAAGCAGCGAGCAGGUGUCCCAGCGGAGGCGCGUAGCCGACUGCUCCUGAAAUGCUCCAAGUGUGGCGUGAUCUCGAGCACCGCUAUGUCCAGCUCGACUGCCAGCAGCGCCAUGGCGUCCCUGUGGAGCUCCUGUGUGGUUCUUCCUCUCUUAGCGUUGACCUGGAUGUCAGCAGUGCUGGCCAUAACUGACCGACGCUCCACACUCUUCCAGGUCCUCUUUGCUGUCUUCGACUCUGUCCAAGGUUUUGUCAUCAUCACCGUCCACUGCGCCAUGCGCCGUGAGGUGCAGGAUGCAGUGCGCUGUCGAAUGGGGGGAUGUAAAGACGACAGCGAAAACUCACCAGACUCCUGCAAGAACGGACAGGUGCAGAUCAUGACGGAUUUUGAGAAGGAUGUGGACCUGGCAUGUCAAACAGAGAGAGGACACCCAUUCAUUUUCAAAGAGGUGAACACUUGUAACCCAGCCACCAUCACCGGGACACUUUCCCGCAUCUCCCUGGAUGACGAGGAUGAUCCGAAGCUGGCAGCCCAUCAGGAGGGAGGAGUGGGGGUCAACUUCAGCUCCCUGCCUGGGAACAUCCCCCCUCCCAACCUCAUAGUGCAGGUUCCGCCACUCGGAGGCCUCAAUGAGCUGAGCGAGACUCCCCUAAAGAAGGAGACCAAUGUGGACCAGCAGCGGCAACAGGGACAGCAACGCGGCGGCGCUCCAAUCUACCUGUGCACCGAGAGUGGCCUGGGCUGGGCUCGCCCACCAGCCUCCUCCAACACCUCCCAGGACGGAAGCGCCGGUAGCGGAGGAAGCGGCGGAGGUGGAGGAGGAAGCGGCGGUGGAGAGGGAGACUACAUGGUCUUACCCAGGAGGACGGUCAGUCUCAAGCCUCCAGCACCCUCCUCCCAAGGAGGAGGCCUGGGCCUGGGGGGCGAGGACAAGCCUCUCAACAUCGCGGUGGAGGACCCUCCUUUCCCCCCGCCCCCCUCUCCCCUGACCCUCCAUCCGGCUGAGAGCGAAGCCUACCCGGCGGAUUUUGUGCCGUCCAGUGUGGGCGACAUGAACCUCACCAUGAACCUCAACCGCUCCUACGGGACGAUCAAAACCAUGCCCCAUGGGCACGGCCACUUGAUGGCUCAGGGCGGUCUCGUGCACUCCCACGGAGGACACAUGCAUUCCCAUGGGCACUCUCUGCAGCUGAAGCCGGGCCAGAGACCAUCAGUCAGACAGAUUCUGACGGGGGGGACGACAGUGGAGAGAACCAGGACCUUGCCGCGCAACCUGGGCAGCACCAAUGCCAACACCAGCGUCUCAGCAGGCUCUCUAGAGAGGAAAAGAGUACGGUACUCUGAACUGGACUUCGAGAAAGUGAUGCACACUCGCAAAAGACAUUCUGAGCUGUACCAUGAGCUCAACCACUCCUCCAAGUUCCACACCAUAGACAGGUAUAACAGGGACCCAGCCAUGUCCACAUUCAAGAGGGAAAAGCGAUGGAGCAUUUCGUCUGCCGGAGGUGAAAAGAACUCGUCGAGUGACAAGUCCACCCCGGAGGACCAGAGCUCGUGGGACAGCUUCAAGACCAUGACCCCCGAGCUGUCCAUCGUGCCGGGGGAGCAGAAGGACCGGAUGGAACUGCACAAUAAGAACUGGGACUCCUCCUCAGCAAACACACCCGACUCGUCCGAGGGGGACUUCCAGACUGAAGUGUGAAGACGUACACACACUCCCCACUUGGAUACACCCGCGCUCUUGCCGAGACACAGAUGCACACAGAGACAAUAGACUCGUGAAAAAGCUAUACAUAGGUACAUGAUUCUUUUUUCUCGCAAGGAUCUUACUCACUCUGCUCCCCGUCUCCUGCGAAAUGUGCUCUGUCGGAUCCCAUACUGUAUUUGUUUACCGCUGCAGAGGACAGACAUGGGAAGAAGACUGUUCUACUCUAUAUUUUCACAAAGACUAUUGAAAAGUAAGAACAGGGGCUCGACACGUCUGCGACUGAAGACAAUUUUUAAAUGAACUUAAAUGAAAAAAAAAGAACAAAACAAUGG